CAGCUACAGCUAGGGUUCCUCGCGCCGCGCCGCCGGCCAGCAGAAGCACGAGAUGCCGUCGCCCGCCAUGGCGACGCCGCAGGCACCCUCCGUAGGGGAUCCGCUCUACGACGAGCUCUGGCACGCCUGCGCCGUCCCGCUCGUCACCGCCCCGCGCGUCGGGGACCUCGUCUUCUACUUCCCGCAGGGGCACAUCGAGCAGGUGGAGGCCUCCAUGAACCAGGUCGCCGGCAACCAGAUGCGCCUCUACGAUCUGCCGCCCAAGCUGCUCUGCCGGGUCAUCAACAUCGAGCUCAAGGCGGAGGCGGACAUCGACAAGGUAUACGCGCAGGUCAUACUCAUGCUGGAGCUGGAGGUAAGCUCUAGCGUGAAUUUCACCGGGUUCAAACUGUGGGGAUUUUCGUCCACUUCCGCUCCAGAUUUAAAUAUUCAGUCGCCCCCAUCCAUUUAUCCACCAAAGAGAUACUGUGACGUUACAGGUUUUGAGGGGCUUGGGCCAUGCUCCACGAGCAUCAAGACGCCCGAGAAGGAGAUCAAGGAGUUGGCCAAGAGGAUCAAUGAACUUUGUGCUAGAUGGUCAUUAAGUUGGUACAAAGAAAUCUUCAAGUCUUGAGGCAAAUCAUGCAAGGGUCAAUAUCCUUUGAUCCAUCUCAAAUGGUAAUAACAUCUGGUGCGACGCCUGCAAUGGAAAUACUGAGCUUUUGUAUUGCUGAUCUAGGAAAUGCAUUUCUUGUUCCGUCACCAUACUACCCUGGGGGAAGUUCAAAAGGACCGCGCGCUGGAGCUCCUAAACGUGCGCCCCUUCUACUUCGUUUACUUAUGUGGCGUGAAGACAUAAAGCAAACCUUUGGAGCCAUAGUUGUCUUUUUUGUCAUCUAAAAUAAUAAUGG